UGACCUAGAUAUAAAAGGACAUAUUACAGGAAGACUAAAAGAAUAUGGAACAUAUUACCUAUCAGAUUUAUGAAUCAGAGGAGAAUUUAUGAAUAGAUUGAGAGAGGGAGGGAGGCACAAAGCCCACAACGAAUAAAUGGGGAGGAAAUGGGAAAAUUGGAGCUGCAGCUGCUGGAUCCUAGUCUCUGCUCAGCAGGAAUGAGAAGUGCAAUGAAAAUUAUACCACUGAUUUUAUCUUCAAUCUGUACUCAGAAGAGGUGAAAGGCAUCUUCAAUAGCAGGAAGAAUGCACUGGGUCACAUGCAACAGGUGAGGGAACUCAUACAUGUCCUCAGACCCUCCCUUCUCCAUCCUCAAGAUCCCAGACCCUGCCAUUGAUGUUUUAACCCCCUCACCCCUUCUAACCCUUUGACCUGGAAAAGCCACCCCUCUGAAGUCUCACCUGCUAGGACAAUGGCCCCCUUGUGGCCCACUCCCAAAGUCCACUAGCUUCUUUCCCUCACUCCUGGACAUUGGAUAAUUAGAUGACCUUAUAGGGUAGGGCUUCAAGGAAAGAUUCUUACUAUUUCCCUCUCCCCGAACCAAAAGCAUAAGAAAGAAACAAUAUAUUAAAAACCCAACACUGUACUAAGAAUAAUAGUUCCUACUUAGCACUUUCUCCACAACCCCAUGAGGCAGAAUAGUGCAAGUAUUAUCUGCAUUUUAUAACUGAAGAAACUGAGGCUUAGGGAGACCAAUGGUUGUGCAAAUAUGGACAAGAACCUAGGUUUUCCAACUCCCUAGUGCACCAACUCAUUCUAUUAUAUCACACUAUAUUAUAUCACACUACUAACCGGUUUCAAAUCUUUUCCUCUAGGCCACAAUCACAGGGCAGGCUGAGAGAGCCUUGAUGGGGAGAUAGUUCAAAGGAAUAUAAACAAUGUGUGUGUUAUGGGAGGGGAAAGUGCCAUAAAUGGAUCAAUUUUGCCUACUUCACACUUUUGUCUAGGGGUGACUCUGUCCCCUCUUAACCAAAUUUCAUUUUUCCUGAUUUAUCAUCUACAUCCUCCUGUCCCAGGAAAAGCUUUAAUAUCUUCUUUCCUAAGACAAUAGCAAAUGUACUUAGACUAACAAGGGCAGGGACACUGCCCUGAGUGGCAGUCCCACAGUAAGUGGAUAGACUUGGAGUGCCAACACAGAACCAGGUGGCCAUGCGAUACCAGAGGGAAGGCUUCUCUGCCAUUAUCUCCCCUUCAACACACCAAACAUGCACAGCAAAAGCAAGGGCUUGCUGACCUACUUACUGACCUGAGCCUUUGCAUUUAUUUCCUAGUCCAAAAGUAUUUCAAGUAAUUUCCCUGCUUGGGUCUCCAGCAUCUUAUCCUCCCACCUCAAAGGCACCUCAAAAUUUCUUCCUCUUAACCUUAACCCAUGGCUCUUUUUUCUCAACUUUCUCCUGUACUGUUUUUAGGGUGGAAGUCCAACUCCAUUUGACAGAAACUUUGCUACUAAGAUGGGAGCCAAGGCUAUGACCUGGAUGUCAACAAAAAUCCAAGAAAGUAUCCGUAAUGGGCGUGUUUUUGCCAAUUCACCUGAAUCAGCUUGUGUACUGGGGAUGCGUCAGAGGGCCUUGAUUUUCCAACCAUUGUCUGACCUCAAAGAAGAAACAGACUUUGAACACAGGAUCCCUAAGGAGCAAUGGUGGAUGAGAAUUCGGCCUCUCCUCAAAAUCUUGGCCAAAUAUGAUACUGACCUGGACACUACAGAACAUGCUCACCUGGAACAUGUCAAGCGUACGUCUGUGGACUCUACAAGCCCCUGAGUAGAUGGAGACAGCUGCAAGUGCUCAGCUCACUCUCUGGCUAGUCCAUGCCUAGACUCCUUAUUCUUGAAUUCUCAGUGUUUUAGCUUCUUUCUCAUUAAAUUUUACCUCACCCUAUUAUCACAGCCACAAGCAAGUGGCUCAAUCUUAACACCUGGAGGCACACAGCAAGGUGGGUAGCUUCUCCUCCACAUUUAUCUGUUACCCUAAGCAGAUUCCCUUGCCAGAUGUCAGUCACUCGGUUACCAGUUUCCUAAAAACAAGUUUUAUUUAUUUCUUUGUUUGUAAUUUGGACAAAAUGAUUGUGGCUUCCUUAUUGCUUCUGUUGAAGUGGCAAACGCUGUAGGUAUAGUAGUAAAUGCUAAUGUCAUUGUGGUUUUGGCUCACCUUAGGCUAUCUUCUUUAAAUGAGUUAUGACAGUACUAGCUACUUGUCUCAGCUUGUUCUCAUAGAUCACUUAUGAUCUAUGCAUUAUAGGUUGGAGGAGUCAGACUGCUCAUCACCUUCAGGCCCUCCCUUCUCCACAGUGUUAAAAUCUUUCUUACCUCCCUUCUCCAUAUUGCAAUAAUCUCUGUAAUGCCUACAAUUUUGUUUAAAGGGAACAGAACUCAAUACUGUUGGAGGAGUAGGACACUUGCUUUGGGUCACCUAGAACCAAAAUCAGAACAUUAGAUUUUCUUGAGACAAGUAUAGCUGAGAUUUACAUUUCUCAUGGGGGCACCCGUUGUAACGUCUCAUGCCACUGAACAUCAGGUAUAUGUUCUCCAUAUCUUCCAUAGAAGAGUGUUAUUGUCCUUCUACACCCCUCAGUUUCCUAAGAGUAAACUCUUGCCUCAAGUCUUUUGUUGUUGUUGUUUUGCAAGGAUAUCUACUCUUUUUUUCCUUGUUGUCCUGCUUCUUCUUCCCAUUCACCAGUCACAUCACUGAGGAGGUAAAAAGGAAGAGUUUGUUAGAAGCCAAGAUUAUAAUCGGGGAAGCUUGGUGGUGCAGUGGAUAUAGUAUUGGCCCUGGAGUCAGAAGGACCCAAGUUCAAAUCCAACCUCAGACACUAU